CACUGCUUUUCCACUUCCGAGUUCCUCUGUUGCCUCCCCAUUUAUAACUGUCCCACUGCUUCACAUUCUCCUGCUUUUUGCCCUCUGCAUUUCUUCCCCCAAGACAGCCAUAAAAGAAAAAACAAAAGCCAAAAUAUAAAUUCUCUUCCAUUCCCCCAAACAAAUCUCCACUGGGAUUUUGUCCCAAGCUGUUCACUCGUUUUCUCUCUCUAGUUUUUUGUUUUCCCAAAACCCAAAUAGAAAAGAACUAAAUGAUGGAUUCUUCUCGAAAGAAGAUGGAUUUUUGCUAUUUCAGAGAUAUUGUGAAACGUGCUGUCCGCAUUCGGAAGCAAAAUUGUACGGGGCCGAAGUCUACCCUGGAUGCUGACGCGCUGGUGAAUAAUAUUGAUAAUGCUAUUGAUAAGGCUCUAAAAGAAGGGUGCGAGACUCAAGAGGUCAUGAAUUGGAUGCAUAGAGUGGAGGAUCUGGAGUACAAUAUUCUUUCUGGCUUAAGGAAAGAAUUUGAAAACAAAGGCAAGAAGUGUUGCUUCGGGUGGUUUCCUAAUCUCAAGUCUCAACUCCAACUCAGCAUGGAAGCAGAUAAGUAUGUCCAAGACGUUGCUGAACUGCUGAAAAAGAUUAGGACAACACAUGAAGAGGCUCUCUCAAAGACAGAGCAGAAAGGGGUAGCAGCAGCAGUUAAAGAUUUCGAGUACUUUGACUCCAGACGCGAUGUUUGGGAGGAGAUCAUGGUGGCACUGCAAAGUCCAAGAAUCAGCAGCAUUGGAGUGUAUGGGAAGGCUGGUGUAGGGAAAACGAUGCUGGUUGAAGAAAUCAAAAGAAAAGCCAAGCAAAUGAAGUUGUUUGACGAUGUUGUCAUGGCUAAAGUGACAAAUAAUCCAGACAUGAGAAGAAUUCAAAAUGACAUUGCCCAUGACUUGGGUCUAGAACUUCCUGAUAGAGUUACAGCUACUGACCAAAUAAGGUCAAGGCUAACAAACAGGAAGCUUCUUGUCAUUUUAGAUGACAUUUGGGCAAGAAUAGAUUUGGAGGAAGUUGGAAUUCCAUUCGGAAACAAGCACAAGCAGACGCGCAAGCAGCCUACAGAGAAAAAGAACGAGGAGAUCUCAUCAGUAGAAGAAAAAAAAGAGUGCAUUCUUUUGAUGACAUCUAGAGAUCGUGAUGUUUUAUCUCGUGACAUGGAUGCUCAUAAAAUUGUUGAAGUUAAGCAAUUAGAAGCGAGAGAAGCAUGGCAGCUUUUUGAGAAGAUAGCAGGUGAGCAAGCUAAAAAUCGUAUAUUGCAGCGUACUGCAGAGAAUGAGAAGAUAGAAGGUGAGCAGCCUAUUGAAGGGCUAGAAGAGAUUUUCCAACACUGUAAUCGAUUGCCCAUCGCUAUUGCGACACUAGCAAGUACCUUGGAAAAUAAGAGUCCCAUACAGUGGAGGACUACCAUAACAAAGCUUCGUUCUCAAAUGUCCUCCAAGCUUGAGGUAAACUUGAAUGGGAUGUCACCAAGCCUUUGUUCAGCAAUCGAGUUAAGAUAUGGUGAUUUGGAAAGCAGCCAACUCCAACAAACUUUAUUGCUUUGUGGUCUAAUGGGUCAUAAUGCAGGCAUUCAAGACUUGUUGAAGUAUGGCAUCGGCUUGGAGUUAUUCCCAGAUGCAGCCAACAUUGAGGCAGCACGAGAUGAAGCAGUCAAUUCGGUGGGAAAACUCAGAAAGACCUUUUUGUUGCUGGAUGGUGGCAGCAAUAUGCAUUUUGAUAUGCAUGAUCUAAUUCAGGAAGUUGCCAUACUGAUAGCUUCUGGGGAGCAUGAUGUGUUAGCAUUGAGAAAAGAUGCAGCUAAGAAAAAGUUAGACCAGGAGGAAUUGAAAAAAUCCAAAUGGAUUUAUUUAUCAAAUGUUGAUGCUGCUCAGCUUCCAUAUAGGUUGAAAUGUCCACAGCUCACCUUCUUUCACUUAGCUAACAAUAAUCCUGAUUUUGAAAUUUCAGACAAAUUUUUUAGGGGAGCGGACAGACUCAGAGUCUUGGGUUUGACUGGAAUGCAUUUUUUGUCGAUUCCUUCAUCAAUUUCACUCCUAGUAAACCUUUGUACCUUGCGUCUAGACCAAAGUGAGUUAGGUACAAACCUAGGUUCUAUUAUGGGAUACCUGAAGAAUUUGAAAGUCCUCAGCCUUGUUGGAUGUGAUAUCAAAGAGCUGCCACAGGAAACAAAGGAGCUGGGCAUGCUGACGUUGUUAGAUUUGAGUGACUGUAGCAAACUUAUGGUAAUUCCACCAGAUGUCUUGAAAAGUUUGUCUCAAUUAGAAGAACUGUAUCUGGGAAACAGCUUUGACCAAUGGGAGGACAUCAAGAAGCAAGAUAAAAGAAGAAAUGCCAGCCUUGAUGAGUUGACACAGUUGGAAAACCUAACCAGUUUAGAGGUACGCAUUCAGGAUAUCAAUAUGAUUCCAGAUGACUUGUUUUCUAUAGAAUUGAGUCGAUACAAGAUUUGCAUAGGAGAUGUGUGGAAUAAUUGGGGCAGUCCUUUUGAACACUCGAAAAUAUUGAAGCUAAAGCAUGAUGGAAGCAUUAGAUCUGAUAAGGUUGAAAAGCUACCAAACAAGGUAGAGGAACUGCAUCUAGAGAAGUUGAAUGCUGUCAAGGAUGUAUUUAAUGAGUUACAACAGAAGGGUUUUCAAGAACUAAAGUAUCUCCAUGUCAAGAAUAUUGACCUAGAGAUUGAACAUUUGUUCUUUAACCCAGAGAAGGAGAUUUAUAAUGAAGUUCUUCCCAAAUUGGAAGAAUUAUUUCUUCACAGUUUGAAGGGAUUGCAAAAGAUAUUUCAUGGAGAGUUUGAAAAAUCAUCUUUGGAAAGGUUAAGAAUCAUUACUGUGACAGGUUGUAAUCGGCUGAAAAAUUUGUUCCCGUUCUCUGUAGCCAAACAGCUUCACAAUCUCCAAAAAAUUAUAGUGACUGAUUGCAGUGACAUUGUUGAAAUUGUUGAUGAUGAGGAGGAAGAAGAUGCUAAUGUUCGUGCUGCUGAAGCAGCUGGUGAUGUAAUUGAGCUUGCCGCCCAAAUUCAGUGCUUGAGGUUACAACGUCUGACGGCGUUCAUUAGUUUCAACGAGGAAAAGAUUAUUAAAUUCAGAAGUACGUUACUUUUCAACAAAAAGCUUGUGGAAGGGGACAGAACAUGGAACCUGACACAAUUAAUAAUUGAGGGCUGUGAUCAGUUAGAAAAUCUAUUCUUUGAAUCUAUUGGUGAUUGUCUGGAGAAGCUUGAACACCUUGAAAUAAGGGAAUGCAAGAAGAUAAGAGAAAUUAUUGUCGGAGAAGGAAGAGAGGGAAUAUAUAGAUUCAGAUUUCCAUCAUUGAAGCUAUUGGCUAUAGAUAACUGCCCGGAGUUGAAUGGGUUCGUGGUAGACGACCAGGCUGGCGAAUGUAUCACUAGCACUGCCCUCUUUAAUUAUAAUGUUUACUUUCCUACUCUAGAAACGAUGUCAAUCUCCAACUUGAAAAACUUGAACAUCAUAUGGUGGAAAUUCAACCCAUAUUUCUUUUAUGGAUUAAACUUCCUGCACAUAAAAGAUCUUCCGAACCUCAUCAGACUCUGCCAAAACCAUGUUAGUAAAUUUGAUGAAAUCUUCGAACGCUUCAAAUCCUUCGAACACUUGGAACAGUUGACCAUAGAGAACUGCCCGCAGCUAAAUGGCUUCCUCUUUGAUAAGGAGUCAGACAUCACAGGACAAGCUGAGCAGGCAGAAGAACAUAAGCUGAAAUUCGAACAGCUAAAGAUCAUUACUAUAGCUGACUGCCCAAAUAUCGUUACAUUUGCUUCCACCUUCUCAAGAGACCAUGAGCAAGGGACAUCUGAACCCUUUUUCAGCACUAAGAAUAAAAGGAAGAAAAUGCUCAUUAAAGAAGAACUCUCUUUACAGGUUGACUUCCCCAACUUGGAGUGGUUGGUUAUGGAGGACUGUCAUAGAUUCAAAUAUCUAAUGACCCUCUCUACGGUUCAAAGUUUUUCGCAACUCAAAAAGCUUGUGAUAAGUGGUUGUAAGAAGAUGAAGGAGGUAAUAGGGACAGACGAAUUUACGGAGGCAAUAGGGACAGACGAAUUUACGGAGGCAAUAGGGACAGACGAAUUUACGGAGGUAAUAGUGACAGACGAAUUAACAGAGGAUGUAAGAGUGACAGAAGAACUUACAGAGGAAAACAGGAUCUCUUUGUUCCCCAAACUCAAUAGUAUGGAGCUGGAAGACCUUCCAGAACUCACAAGAUUCUGCUCUGAACUACAAAGUCUGCAAGCGACUACAUUAUUUGUAUUUCCUGAAGUAACAGACCUGAAGUUUUCUAAGCUGCCCAAAUUGGCGAGUUUCUUACAUAAGAAUGCUACAGAAUGGCCAGAAUUAACAAAUAUUCAUGUGCUUGAAUGUGACCAAGUGCAGAUAUUUGCUUUGGAAUUCCCAUCCGGAGGCAACCAAAUUGAAAGCAGGACUCAACAAAAGCCUCUAUUUUGGGUCAAAAAGGGACUUAGAGGGCAGGAAGAUAGUAGCAGAUCAAGCACAAUUGGUAUGCCUGCAGGAUCUUUUGUGAAGUUAAGGACUCUGGAAGUAUCAAGAUGCCACGGACUGGUUACCAUAUUGGGACACACAAUUGCUAAUAGAUUGGAUCAGUUGUCAACAAUGAGCAUAAUUAAUUGUUCAAAGUUAAAAGAAAUUGUGGCAUGUGAGGGCAAUGAAGUGAAAGAUGAAAUUGUUUUCACUCAACUCACAUCUUUGCGACUUGCUUUUUUAUCCAGACUUCAAAGCUUUUGCUCUGGGAAAUGCAACUUUAUUUUCCCAUCUCUGCGUGAAGUGAUUCUAAGUGAGUGUCCAGAAAUGAGUACCUUCUGCAAGGGAGUAGUGAAAACAGAGAAACUGCAGAAAGUGAGGCUAACAGAAGAAGAUGAUGUUGGAAUCUGGAAGGACAGGGACCUUAACUCCUCCAUACAACAUUUGUUCAUUAAUAAGAACACAUUGUGGAUGAGGUUCGCACCCUUCAAAUUCAACGAAUUAUUCACACGAUUCCAAUCCAAGAAACACAUGUAGGAAAUUUGUGGGUUUGGGACUUCAGAUAUACCAGCCACGAGCUUCUGGAAUGAAGAAAGGACUUGCUGAUAAUAUUUAGUUUGGUUUUUGAAACUUAAUUAAGGAUUGAGUUAAUAAAUUUCCUUUUCCUUU